AAUUCUGAUAAGUGUUCAAUAUGUCUACAGGUUUGGCAUCAUGGAGUUUUGGGAGUAGAAUGAGACGAAUGGUAAUAGUUGGUGUAUUCAUAAGUCUCGUGCUUGUUUAUGGAUUCGCAUAUCGUUUGAACUAUGACGAAGUCCAACCAAAACUCCAACCCCUCGACGCCGGACCUAUUACAAUUCUCCAGAUCGAAACGAUAGAACAUACAGUGACACAUACUAGUACCUCGAUUUCUGUUUCCACAAAGACUAAAUACGCUUCACCAACUUCUACUCUCGAUCCCACAAAACUAGCAUUUAUGGUGGAGACUCGCCCAUUACCGCAUUUACCUCUUCAGCUCACACACAUGACAAGUGUCAUUCCCCAAGAGUGGACCUUCGAAUUCAUGGGAAGCAACACCUCCAUCAAUUAUCUACUUGAUUUCCACCACUUGCGAGAUCUAGUAGCUUCGAAUAAACUCACACUCGUUCCUCUCCCACCCCAUUGGGAUGUCUCAAGUCGUGAAUCUAUAUCUCAGAUGUUCACCGACCCGAAACUUUACAAAUCCCUCUCCCCAGCGGAACAUCUCCUAGUUUUCCAACCCGACUCUAUAUUUUGCACCAAGGCCCCCACUACUCUGAACAAUUUUAUACAGUACGAUUACAUUGGAGCGCCUUGGUCAACAUACUCUACCUACGAAAAAGAAAGACGCAAAUCCGGAGAUGGGGCAUUUGAGGAUUUAUGGCUCAGUAAUGGGCUGAAUAAAUUAGAAGGAAGUAAAAUGGCAAAUGCAGCAGUGAGCAAGACGUUUAGUGUGGAAAGUGUUUGGGACGAAGCGCCGCUGGGUUAUCAUAUUGGAUGGUUAGGUGUACACCAUGAACAGAUCUGGGACAAACCAGAUUACGUCUCCCACAUAAUGAACUACUGUCCCGAAGUGAAAAUUAUCUUGGGCAUGAAACUAGAUAAUGACAAGCCUCAAGGCGUUUCCUAG